AUGCACCGAGCAAACGCAACGUUUCGUGAGUUCCUGGUUGCAGCUAUUGCCAGCAUAUCAGGGAUUGCGAUGGGACUUGCUCUUGGGUGGCCAUCGCCAAUGUUUCGUAAGCUCACGGAAGAGACCUUGACGGAAAAUCCCAUCGGUUACGUGAUAGUCGAAAGCGAACAAUCUUGGAUCAACUCAGUGUUAGCAAUCGGAGGAUUUUUUGGACCCUUCGCUGCAGGGUACGUUGCUGAUCGAAUAGGUCGAAAGCCCGCUCAUCUGUUAAGCAGUGCCAUACAUAUCGCUGGUUGGAUCAUGUUGCUACUGGCUAAGUCCGUACCGGUUAUGAUAGCUGCCCGGUUUGUUUUAGGAUUUGGUAGUGGGUAUAUUUUAAUCACCUUAACAAUAUAUAUCGGUGAAAUCGCCAGUGACAAGUAUCGAGGGAUCUUGGGAUCUUUUUUACAAAUUGGUCAAACAAUUGGUAUCUUGUACGUUUACUGCAUUGGACCAUAUGUCGGAUACUACGCAUUCCAGUGGAUAUGCUGUGCCGUCCCAAUUGUAUUUGCCAUCGGUUUCCUGUAUAUGCCGGAAACUCCACACUAUUUAGUUUCUAAGGGGCUACAUGAAAAGGCAAUCCUUUCUUUGAUGUAUCUUCGUGACGCUACAGCCGAGGAAAUACAACCAGAUCUAGAUGCUGUAAAAGAGUACAUCCACCAAGAAGAAGAACUGCAGCAUUCGAACGCUUUCCGGAAGCUUUUUACUCAACGAGCGAACCAAAAAGCUAUUCUUAUCAGUUUUUGUUUACUGUCGUUUCAGCAGUGGACUGGAAUAGACUGCAUAUUGUCCAACAGUGAGUUGAUUUUCGCUGAAGCCCGAAUAUCACUGUCUCCGGAUAUUUCAACCAUCAUCAUUGGAGUCGUACAAGUGAUCUGCUGCUGCAUAACGCUACUGUUCGUGGACCGUGUUGGACGUAGGCCGGUGUUAAUGUAUUCUGCGCUUGGACUUUCAAUCUCGCUGGCGUUACUAGGAGCAUACUUUUUGAUGGAACCGAUGGCGAUCCCAGCGGAACAUAUCAGCUGGAUUCCAUUAACCGGUAUGAUCGGUUUCAUUGCCAUCUUUAACUUUGGAUUCGGCCCGGUACCGUGGGCUAUUGCGUCGGAAAUUUUUGCCUACGACGUGAAAGCCCUAGGGAGUACGAUAAACGUUUCCGUAACGUGGAUAUUGGACUUUCUGGCGCUGCGUUUUUUUCUUUUGAUUAGCGAGUCCAUCGGGUUCGAGUGGGCAUUUUGGAUCUUUGCCCUUGUUUGCCUGGCAGCAUUCGUAUUUACGUUGCUGCUCGUUAUCGAAACGAAAGGGCUCAGUCUACAGGAAAUACAGCUACGACUGGGCGGCAAAUCUGCGGGAUAA